ACCAAUAUCUGAAAAAGUAGGCAUAAAUUGAGACAGUGUGCAGAAUAACCGUUUAUGCGAGGAAACAGGUUCAGUCCAAAACGCGAGUUCUUCAGUGCUUCGUAGCUCGGUAAAAAAAGAUGUCCAAACUUCUCGUGAAUCGUUCAAUAAGUCCGUCGACAAUCAUCCGGGUCAGAUGCGACGUGACGACCAAGUCAAAACCUGUGAAAUCUCAGCCGUCAAUUUGAACGACUGUUUUUUCUGUGAACAAGAAUCAAGAAAAUCGAAACAAAAAGAAGAAAAAGAAAAAAAAACGAAGCAGUAAAAACUUGGGGAAGAUGAUAGAGCGGGAAUUCUGACUGUUCAUCGAGACUCGGAUAAUCCCCGGAAGAGGCGACGGAAAGGGCGGAAGGAUGUUUCACCCGAUGUUCUGACUGCCUAUGGAUAUAUUCGGUCGUUGCAAUAACGUCGGUGUCGGUGCUGGAGUCGGUGGUGGCUGUGGCGGAGGCGGAGGCCGAGGAGAAGGCCGAGUCGGUGCAGGACUGGGGUCAGUUGGCGGAACCGGAAACGGCGGAGGAAUGCAGCUGACGGGGGCUUCAGCCCCGGGGGCGGCGGCUUCCCCGGAGUCCGGGGUGUCGCCGCUUGCCGACGCCUACACCAAGAUGACCAGCGACAUACUCGCGGAACGAACCCUCGGCGAUUUUGUCAGCGAACAUCCCGGGGAGUUGGUCAGGACGGGUUCUCCGCACUUCGUGUGUACCGUUCUGCCGGUUCAUUGGAGGUCGAAUAAGACGCUGCCGGUAGCCUUCAAGGUGGUGGCGCUUGGCGAGGUCGGCGACGGCACCCUGGUUACGGUCCGCGCUGGGAACGACGAAAACUGCUGUGCGGAUCUUCGGAAUUCGACGGCUCUGAUGAAGAACCAAGUUGCCAAGUUCAACGAUCUUAGAUUCGUUGGUAGAAGCGGAAGGGGGAAAAGUUUCACCUUGACGAUAACGGUGUCCACGUCACCUCCGCAGGUCGCAACCUACACGAAAGCCAUCAAGGUGACCGUCGAUGGUCCGCGAGAGCCGAGAUCCAAGACCAGUGAGUAUCACUUGCUGUCACUUCUAGGGCAGCAGCAGCAGUUUCACGCCUUUGCCUUCGCCUCUCAACGCGGAGGACCGUUCUUCGCAUCUCCGUUAGUUGAUACCUUGCAGACGUUACCCAACCCCCUGCAGCCCUUGUCGAAUCCUCUGCAGCCGAGAGACCCGCUGUCGUCCUUCAGGCACGCGAUGCCAGCCAACUGCCAGAACAUGUCCCAGUUCGGGUUGACGGCAACGAAUUCCUGGGGCUACGGCAGCGCCGCAGGUUACGCCGGUUACCUUCCGGGCCCUUUGUCCUCUUGCGCAGCUCAGGCCCCGUUUCCUCCGCCGCCGCCUCCGCCGUCGCUCACCUCGUUCACAGGGACGGCGUCGAUGACGACCCCAACGGCUCCCGAUUCGACCGCAGGAUCAACGGUCGUGGCUGGCGCGACCAGCACGACGCCUCAGCAAGACGCUUUCUCCACCGUCUCGUCUCUGGUUCCAGACACGACGACGCCGAGCCAGCCGGACCCCCUGGACCCACUGAACACCCUGAUGUCGGGCUCGGCGCAGAGGUACCAGGACUACGUGUCGCCGAGGUCCUUGUCGACGGACUCGAGCACCACCGAGAGUCCCGUCCACGAGGAAGGCUUCGGGCAAAACUACGGCAACUACUUUCCCACGCCCGGAGUCCUGCCGAGCAUCCUCUACUCCCAGCUGUAUACGAACCAGUUUCAAAACUCGGAGAACACGGAGCAGCGGGUCGUCACCGAGAGCUGCAGCGUCAGGCAGGAGGAGGUUCGCCCUGACAACAACGUCUGGAGGCCCUACUAGCCGAAACUUCUACAAGCCGAGGAGUAUCGAUCGUCUUUGACCGACCAAAUUUACAGCGGAUGACGUUUGGUUGAAUCGUCGAGCGAACGAUAAGAGAAGUGGUUUUUUUAAUGUAAAAUAUGAUUCGUUCGAAAGAGGUUUUUAACGGCGUUCCCAAACGCAGAAGAGACAAAUCGAACUGUUCAUACUCCGUCGGUGUACGAGAAUUAGUGAGCGGAGCAAUAAACGAUGCAAUUUCUUGUGUGUGACAAACUGUGGGCAUUAUAAAUAAAAAUUAACGAACGGUAUGAUCGCUGGUAUGCCGAAUGAAAGUUUAAACAUAGGUAUUGAAUUAAAAAGUGAAAAUUAUACGUUAAAGCGACAGUGGAGGCGAAGAUUAAAAGACGUAAAAUGAAAGUGAUCGAUUCUCCGUUUUGUGCCAAAUUUCAUGACGGAUGUGGUACCUCAACGAAUAUUAGUUCGGAAAUAUUUGAUUAAUAAUAAUAACAACAACAACAACGGCAACAAUUUUACCUGCAUACUAUUAUUACUAUUAUAAUUUAGCGAGAGAGAAUGAAAUGACAGAUAAAGACAGUUAAAUGCAUAUUAUACAUACAUAUUAUAGUGACGAAAAUGUAAAUAAAUGUAAAUAUAUGAUUACAUGAUAAUAUCAUUGUCUGAUAAUGCGUCGUCGAUUGGAUUUCAUUCAUCCGUGAUAUGUUAUUAUGUACUGCGAUAACUAAUUGUCAAAAGAGGAAUCUUCUUUUCGUUGCAUAAUUACGUUUUCUGUGUUAUAUAUUUAAAAUAUAUCGGGCCCGUAUAUCGAAUGAUAGGGAGCACGUGCAAUAUUGUUCCGCUGUGCCUUCCGGAUUGAAAAACCAAGAGUUACGAGUUGUCUGAAUAGACGACGUUUGGCAAGCGAAGCAAUGUACCAUCGGGCAUCGGUUACUGUUCUCGGUUCGAAUCGUCAAUUGCUUGCAGCGGAAUGUGCAACAAACGGCCUGCUUACAAUAAUUAGUUGAUAUUAUUUUUCUCUGUUUAACGUUGUUCUUCCCUUGUUGAUCUAGUCACGAAUAUAUCGCUGUUAUUUAUAGCUAUGUAAUAUUAACCCCUCGUUUGUCUCUAGUGAUUUUCACUAAAAUCUGAUACAUUACGUUGAAGCCACUCGAUCGGUGAUCGAUGUUAUUUCGCGUCGAAAAUAAUUUCUCACCCGCAUUCGUUACUAACACCGAUAUGUAUUGCCCUAAACGGCGUUGUUUCAUCACCUCAUGAUAUACGAUGGUUAUAUUAUUAUUUCUUACACAUAUCU